AUGGCUAACGAGUGUGCUCCCUCCCACGAAUUCGUCAGAAAUAUUGGCUUUAAAGACAACCGUACAGGUAAGGAAAGUCCAUCUGAGAUACAUGCUUUACGUGCACAGCUUGCCAAACUUAGAAUGCAGGUAGAAAACGCCCAUCAAAUCACUGAUCUGGACGCUCCACGAGACGAGUACGUGCAUGAGGAUGUCAGCUACGUCGCCAACAAUCCGUACUCGAACACAUACAACCCAGGUUGGAGGAAUCACCCAAAUUUCUCAUAUAAGAACUCCUCCAACGCUCUAAAUGCACAGCACAACAAUUUCGGUGGUUCAUCUAUCUCGGGCUCCUCUCAAGGAAAUCAAUCUCAACCCCGAAAUGCCGACCAUCAUCAGAAUCCAGUCCCUCAACACUACCGAGCUCCCCGUCAGCCUCAGCAAAACUUCGGCCUGCCUCCAUCUCAAUCACAGGCAAGUCCUGACUCUGACAUCAAAUCUAUGCUUGCACAACUUAUGCAGGGUCAAGAAGCCAUUCGCACCGAGAUGCGAGAACAUCAGCAGAAGACCGACGCCCAUCUCAAGCUAGUCGAUAACCAGAUAGCGCAACUUGCUACCUCUGUCCCUUCGCGACCUCAGGGAUCACUUCCCGGGAACCCGGAAGCAAACCCCCGAGAGUACUGUAACGUUGUAUCCUUGCGCAGUGGCAAAGAGCUCGCUAACCCUAUCAUCACAUCUACGGAAAAAGAUCAGUGCUCUAACUCUACCCCUACAUCUUUUCCUGACCCCAUAGUUGUUGAAAAAUCGACAGAGAUCUCGGGCGAUGAAGAACGCGACGUAUACAUUCCACCGCCACCACGUCCGCCUCCGGUUCCUUUCCCUCAACGACUGAGGAAAACUAAAGAAGACACCCAAUUCGCUCGAUUUGCUGACAUGGCGCGUAAGUUGGAAAUCACUAUGUCGUUCCACGAGGUUAUCACUCAGAUACCAUCCUAUGCCAAAUUCCUGAAGGACAUUCUCACAAAGAAGCGCGUCAUCGAGAAGGAAACCAUCACGCUUAAUCCCGAGUGCAACGCCAUUCUUCAGCACGAUCUGCCACCGAAAAUGUCGGAUCCAGGUAGCUUCUCGAUUCCCUGCAAAUUGGGAAAUGUUUCUAUAGAUUGUGCUCUUUGUGAUUUAGGUGCCAAUGUAAGUCUCCUACCACUCUCCAUCUACAAAAAACUCAACGUGGGAGAACUCAAACCGACUCGCAUGGCUCUUCAACUAGCUGAUCGUUCUGUCAAAUACCCUCUGGGUAUUCUCGAGGACGUUCCGCUGAAAGUAGGCGAUUACUACGUACCGGUCGAUUUCGUUGUGCUUGACAUGGACGAAGACGCAAAAAUCCCGAUUAUUCUAGGGUGGCCAUUCUUAAACACUGCAGAUGCCAUUUUCCACGUUUGUACCGGCCAACUGACACUCAAGAUCGGCGACGAAACGGUGGAAUUCACGCUCGACCAGAAUUUCAAGCAACCAUCUACAGUGGACUCUAUAUGUUACAUCGACUUGAUGGAUGCUUUAGCCGAUGAGGUACUCUUUGAAUUUCGUGAUUUCGAUGCUCUCUCUAUUGCUCUUCUUUCUAAACAGGGUUGCAGUACCUUCACAGAGCCUCAGAUUCACGCAUACACAUCAUUCCUGGACAGUUUAGACGAAAUGCCAUGCAACACAGCCGUGUCUCAUACAAACACGGACCGUGUCGAUAUUCUGCCGAAAAACAUCGAACGAGACACGCCCGUGUUUGCCAACAGCUCAGUCCAUGUUUCAUGCAACACGGACCGUGUCAAAUGCCUGAGCAAUUUUGCGAAACAAGACACGCCCGUGCAUCAUUCUGGGCUAGCUCAUGCACAACUCGACACGGCCGUGUCGAGUGUGAACUCGAACCAUGUCGAGUCUCAGAUUCAUCUCCAGUCUGUUCCUUUGUUCGAACCGUUGCCCGUCUUCGCCGCCAAAUCAACCUCCAUGCAUCAUCUACCUGACUGGGACCCUGCAAUAGCUCCGAAACUUGAACUAAAACCCUUGCCCAUUGGACUCAGGUAUGCAUUUCUCGGUCUCGAUUCCACUUAUCCUGUUAUUGUCAAUGCUGCCUUGGAUGAUCUACAGCUCGAGCGUCUCCUCACCAUAUUGCGAGAGUACCGGAAGGCUAUCGGAUACACUCUAGAUGAUAUCAAAGGUCUCAACCCUUCAUUAUGCAUGCAUCGAAUUCAUCUGGAGGACAAUUCCAAAUCAUCCAUCGAACAUCAACGCCGACUCAAUCCAUCGAUGAAAGAAGUCGUCAAGAAAGAGGUACUAAAACUUCUGGAUGCAGGUAUCAUUUACCCUAUAUCCAACAGUCCUUGGGUAAGUCCGGUUCAAGCCGUCCCAAAGAAAGGCGGUAUGACGGUGAUCAAAAACGACAAAAAUGAGCUGAUUCCGACAAGAACAGUAACAGGCAUCGAGGUUGACAGAGCUAAAAUCGAGGUGAUCGAGAAAUUACCGCCCCCGCACAAUAUUAAGGCCAUCCGCAGUUUCCUUGGUCAUGCCGGUUUCUAUCGUCGUUUCAUCAAGGACUUCUCCAAAAUCACCAAACCUCUUACCGAUCUCCUCUGUAAGGAUGUACCUUUCAUUUUCACUAAUGAUUGCCUUGCAGCUUUUGAGACGCUCAAAAAGGCGUUGAUUUCCCCGCCCAUCAUUCAACCACCAGAUUGGGAUCUGCCUUUCGAAAUUAUGUGUGAUGCCAGCGAUUAUGCAGUAGGAGCCGUGCUUGGACAACGACAGAAUAAAGUACUUCACGCGAUCUACUAUGCCAGCAGAACUUUGGAUGAUGCCCAGGUAAACUACACUACAACUGAGAAAGAACUGCUUGCUGUUGUCUUUGCAUUUGAAAAACUCAGGUCAUACCUUGUCGGCUCCAAAGUCAUAGUCUACACCGAUCACGCCGCUCUGCGACAUUUGCUCUCCAAGAAGGACGCUAAACCACGCCUCAUCCGUUGGAUAUUACUUCUUCAAGAGUUCGACCUUGAGAUCCGGGACAAGAAAGGAGCCGAGAAUGGAGUAGCUGAUCAUUUGUCUCGCCUUGAACUUCCAGAGCAACUUUCCAUUGACGACAAUCUUCGCGAUGAGCAUGUCUUUGCCAUCUCUACUCUUCCAGAAGCUCCGUGGUAUGCUGAUUACGUCAAUUACCUGGUAAGUGAAAUUCUUCCACCAGAUCUGAGUUACAAUGCCAGGAAGAAAUUUCUCCACGACGUCAAGGACUAUUUCUGGGAUGAUCAUUUCCUCUUCAAGAGAGGUACUGACGGUCUAUUCCGCCGCUGCAUCCCUGAAGGUGAGAUCUUCAGUGUUAUUUCCCAUUGUCAUUCUUCUGACUACGCAGGUCACUUCGCGACGUCAAAAACCGCGACAAAAAUUCUUCAGGUUGGUUUCUAUUGGCCCGCGCUCUUCAAAGAUGUCCACAGGUUUGUUUCUUCAUGUGACGCUUGCCAGCGUACGGGUAAUAUAUCCCGUCGUCAUGAAAUGCCCCAACAAUAUAUUCUUGAGGUAGAACCAUUCGAUGUCUGGAACAUAGAUUUUAUGGGACCUUUCCCCUCUUCUUGCGGAAAUGUGUACAUUAUGGUUACAGUUGACUACGUGACCAAAUGGGUGGAAGUCCUGGCAAGUCCCACGAACGACAACAAAACUGUGGUGCGUAUGCUCAAACGCACGAUCUUCCCACGAUUCGGUGUUCCCCGUGUCAUCAUCAGCGAUGGGGGAUCACACUUCAUCAACCGCACGAUCAAGGCCCUCCUGCUCAAAUACGGUGUCAAACACAAGAUUACAACGCCUUAUCACCCUCAGACCAGUGGAAUGGUGGAAGUUUCAAACCGGGAGAUCAAGUCCAUACUCGAGAAGACGGUAUCCAAAUUCCGAAAAGAUUGGGCUCUCAAACUCGAUGACGCCGUCUGGGCUUAUCGCACGACAUUCAAAACCCCCAUCGGGAUGACACCGUUCCAACUCGUCUAUGGCAAGGCAUGCCAUCUCCCCGUAGAAUUAGAGCACAAAGCUUACUGGACCAUUAAGCACUUGAACUAUGACAUCAAAUCUGCGGCCGAGAAACGGGUUCUCUCGUUCCAUCAUCUUGAGGAAAUACGCCUUGAUGCGUAUGAAAACGCUAAAAUCUACAAAGAGCGGACGAAGAAAUGGCACGACAAGCACAUCCUCCAGCGUCACUUCCAGGUAAACGAUCUUGUCCUUUUGUUUAACUCACGAUUGCGACUUUUUCCAGGGAAGUUGAAAUCCCGGUGGUCUGGCCCAUUCAAGAUCAAAUCUGUAUCAUCAAGCGGUGCCAUCGAACUAUGGGAUCAUUCUGGAAGCUCAUUCAAAGCUAACGCACAAUGUCUGAAGCUCUACAACUCUGCUUUUCCAUCGGACACGAGAGGAGCCAUCGCCCUCUCUGAUCCCGUCUCACGGGUCACCGAACUAUUCAUCUUUCAUUUUUGGUCGGAAUUCAGCACGGCCCGUGUUGCGUGUAACUCGACCGUGUUCACUAUUGUUCGAUUCGGUGUUCCCCGUGUCAUCAUCAGCGAUGGGGGAUCACACCUCAUCAACCGCACGAUCAAGGCCCUCCUGCUCAAAUACGGUGUCAAACACAAGAUUACAACGCCUUAUCACCCUCAGACUAGUGGAAUGGUGGAAGUUUCAAACCGCGAGAUCAAGUCCAUACUCGAUAAGACGGCAUGCCAUCUCUCCGUAGAAUUAGAGCACAAAGCUUACUGGGUCAUUAAGCAGUUGAACUAUGACAUCAAAUCUGCGGCCGAGAAACGGGUUCUCUCGCUCCAUCAUCUUAAGGAAAUACGUCUUGAUGCGUAUGAGAACGCUAAAAUCUACAAAGAGCGGACGAAGAAAUGGCACGACAAGCACAUCCUCCAGCGUCACUUCCAGGUCUCACGGGUCACCGAACUAUUCAUCUUUCAUUUUUGGCCGGAAUUCAGCACGGCCCGUGUUGCGUGUAACUCGACCGUGUUCACUAUUGUUCGAUUCGGUGUUCCCCGUGUCAUCAUCAGCGAUGGGGGAUCACACCUCAUCAACCGCACGAUCAAGGCCCUCCUGCUCAAAUACGGUGUCAAACACAAGAUUACAACGCCUUAUCACCCUCAGACCAGUGGAAUGGUGGAAGUUUCAAACCGCGAGAUCAAGUCCAUACUCGAUAAGACGGUAUCCAAAUCCCGAAAAGAUUGGGCUCUCAAACUCGAUGACGCCGUCUAG